AUACUGCUAGCACAACGAUGCUGACACUCCUGACGUUCAGCGACAAAGUACGAUCUUUGCGAGAGCUUGGUCGUGCUAAGGAGUAUAACUGGCUCGACUUGCAACUCUGAGCUCAGUUGAUGAUAUCUAACAAGCUGGAAAGAGCUGGAUAUCGGGAGAUUGAGUAAAACUGUGUAAUGUGGUUUGCCGCUGUCAGAAAGCCAGAGAAGAUCACAAAGUUCCACUAUAGGUUUCUUUGCAGUACUUUCAAAAGUUGUGUGUAAAAUACGUGGUUGCAUCGUGACUAUUUGACGUGUGGCUUCUCUCGACACAACAUUCAUUGCAUCACCGAAAUCGGUUGCAUGCUGGACUGUGUCGACGGCAAUGGCUUCGUGUUGGCAGAUUCUAACAUCCAUCUUGUGGGUGCUUUGUUUAUUUGAAUUCCUGGAUCGGGCUAGGUAUGUCAAUGGAAGCAGCAAUGGACCACUGAUAACAGUCCCUGUAUAUCCUAAAAAUCCACAUGCUAUAUCCGGAGAAUUAUCUCGAAGUCGUUAUACUUACCGAUACAUGUCCAGAGUGCUCGUCAGGGAGGUGGUCAUGUUCAGGGAGAAUGAUCGAAGUAAGUUCACACCACACCUUUUGAUCAUCUAUAAGCUAAUAGAUCAUGAAACUGCCUAUUUCAACGUUGCCGUGUGUGAUACAAGCUACAUCGGAGGUCAAACUUGGCAGGUGUUUGAGCAUGAGAUUGACUUGAACGUGACACUGGGUGAGGAAUGCUGCUGUUUCAAAACUUCGCCAAGCGCGACUGUAUCUCCUUGCAAGCAUCAGGUCAUCCUACACGGUUUUGGCCCUGGCGAAUGUAGCAAAUUAGUGUUGCUUUAUGGCAACAGGCAAACCAGAGUUAUCAAGGCGCAAGGAAGGAGUGAGAGUCCACAGGUCCGUGAAACCGGGUCUUCUCUCGUCGCCAUUCCAGCUGCCUCGAGGACGUAUGCAGCAAAUGCCUCAAAUUCGUCGUUCUUCCUCUUUUCAUUUGGAGGUUGUCUUCGAAGUAACAAUGAUCGCAGGUGCCGUAAUACCCCAAGCAAUGUUCUAUCUCGUCUCCAUGUUCAAGACCAUGAUGUCGGACAUUGGCAGGUUAUUCAACCAAGCGAUAUGGUGACUCCCCACCCUCGCCAGUCUGCCAGACUUUUCGUUGAUGAUGAUGGAAUUCUGUUGUUUGUAGGUGGGUGGAAAGUGCUUGACGGAUUCGAGGAUACGGUCACUUUGGAUAUGUGGAAAUUCAACACCUUAUCACUGACAUGGAUGGAGGUGAAAAAUACCUUUCAAGGCCCCAUGAAUCUACUCCAUUCAUCGUUUGAUGCAGCGUAUAUAGCCUUUCAGAAGACCCUGAUUUUAAAUUCAAUCAUGACACAAUCUAGAGGCGUUCUCAUCAUUUGCAAUGUUCAAGAAUCCCCGGCGAACUGUGAAAAUUUAGUGAGAGAUGAUAAUCCCUCGCGUUUCAGAUCGAUUGACAUCAUUUUCGGACAGACAUUAUUCUUCAUGUUAACAACGGCCGGUAAACAUGUGAUUAGAGCCAUUGCAUAUCGCGGAAGAGAUGGAAGAGCGGGAUCGAGUUAUCGCCUGGAGACACAGAUGAUGACCAAUACCGGAUCAUUUUCUGGUGUCAGUUUGUACAUCAGACAAUAUGCAGCUGGCAUUCUUCUUGCACCACGGACCAAAGACACACAAACAGCACUGUACUUCGGGGCUACCACCAGUUCGCCAGGAGAGACCGUAGACAGUCACACUUUUCUCAAAUUUGUUCGAAGUCCUAGGUUUACAAUGCCUGUGUGGAUACUGAACUAUAAACGUGGAAAACCCCCCUAUUAUGUGAGUCUCUUCUACACCCUUCUCUACCCGUCGCCGGGACCAGACUGCCCUAUUCGCCAGGAUCACACCGUUACCUUGGGGACCAAUAAAACAGCCAUAUUGUAUGGGGGUUGCCCUCUACCUAAAGAUGACCCAAAUCCGUGGUGCUUCAAUACAAACAAACACUUUUGGGUGGAGGCGAACAUCACAUCUGGGAUCGUACCUUCCCCACGGAGACAACAUGUAUCGUUCAGACAUAAUAGAUCUGCAAUGGUGAUUCACGGUGGAAAGGGCCGUAAAUACAUGAACCGUUCCCUUGGAGAUUUGUGGAUGUUCAUCAUGGAAGAUGAAGACCAGUGCAAAGGUCGAUGGCAUAACCUCACCGGCUACGUUAAGAAAGGACAUCUACCUAUCCAGCAUGGUCAUUCAGCCACACCAACUGAUCGGGGAGUCUUGCUGUUUGGUGGAGGGAUGCCAUCGGAUUCCAAACUGGUACUUGUUGACAUCCGCUCAACAGUCGACAUAACCGUUCAUGAUGUACCGAUAACUCCUGAGAUACCAAACCGGUUUGGCCACAGCCUGUCAUUCGUUAACAAUGACCUGAUCCUGCUUGGAGGUAUACAAACUCUUGGCAAGAUGCGGGAUAUCGCAAAUUGGGCACUUCUUAUUACCAUCACAAGCAAUGGUUCUCAAGAGGUAGCUACAUCGAAUAAGUUCUUCAAAAUGAGAAUCUGGGAGCACUCUGUACUUGGCAGUAUGGUAAUUGGGGGACAUACACCAAAAUCGUACCGGCAAUCCCAAGUUCUCAUUCUCAAUACCUCCAAUCUGUGCCCUGUCGGUCUGGAACGGGACGAGAAAUCCCAAUGUCAACCAUGUCCUAUCGGAAAGUACUCUGCAACUCUUCAACAGCAGUGUGUCAAAUGCAACCAGUCCUUAACCACCGUCGGAGAGGCCGCAUCUCACUGUGUUCCUCAGGGACCAUGUAAAGACAAUAGUUGUAAUGGACAUGGAGAAUGCGUGGUCAACAAGGCAGACUUCAAACACAUCUGCGUGUGUCGUUUCGGAUAUUUAUCCAGCGAUGACUGCAAUGCACCGGCAGUGUACCUGAUCUUGAUGGCUUCUCUCGUUUUCGCAACCACUAUCACCACCCUCGUCAUAGCUCUCAUUCAGUUCCUGAGAAAGAGGAGAGCUUUGUAUGCAAAGGAAAUUGAACUCGUCAAUACCAAUCGUGACCUCUACCGCUCCAACAGAAAGCUCAGUCAGAUCAACCACGGCACGUGCAUUGCCUGGUCUGAUCUGAAGAUUCAGAGACAACUUGCCGAGGGAAGGUUUUGUAAAGUGUUACUUGCUGAGUUGGGAGACAUGGCAGUUGUUGUUAAGCGACUUCCACCGUUUGUAUCCACUGCAUCGCCGUACGAUUCCUUCAUCCAAGAAGCGGAAGUUCUACGAACAUUAAGCCACCCAAAUAUAGUUCUAUUCCUGGGGGCUGGGAAGGAAAAGCAAUCUAGGUGUCCAUUUCUUGUGAUGGAAUACUUGAUGCGAGGUUCUCUCUGCGAUGUUCUCCAUGAUCCGUCCAACAAUGUUGAACAUGCAGAUCGCCUGCGAUUCUCCCUGGAUGCUGCAAGAGGUGUCAAGUAUCUGCAUAACAGAGAUCCACCCAUGAUCCACCGUGACAUCAAGUCAGCCAAUAUGCUGGUCAGUGACAAAUGGGUGGUGAAGAUCGCCGACAUGGAAACAGCACGAUUCCUAGCCAUCCUUCAUCCCGAUGGCAUUAAGCCAAAUGAGAGGAAAACAGGAGGUAAGCAGGCAACAGAUCAUUCGACGCGCACAGUAUCAAAUCCAACCCACCCUCAGGCUGAUCAACUAACAACCCCAUUAUUGGGUGCUGCCAGUGUCACAUCUGAUGUGGAUCGCACUGAUGACGACAGAGCUACAAGAGCAGCGGAGGGCACGACGUCACGUAUUGGAAUGACGUGUGGAGUUGGUACAGAUCGCUGGCGAUCACCGGAAUCCAUCAAGAAGAAUCUGUACACGGAGAAACACGAUGUCUACAGCUUUGGCGUGGUUAUGUGGGAACUCUCAACUCGACAGAUACCUUAUGAACACCUCAGCAACUCUGACGAUAUCCUGGAUGAAAUUGCAGGUGGCACCAAGCCCAUCUUUCCACCAAGCAUACCCUAUGGCUAUCGUCACAUCGCUGAGCAGUGUAUCAAGACAGAUCUGCAGGAGAGACCGUCAAUGCAGCGCGUUGUCCAAGAGUUGCUGUCACAAAUUGACCGCAACUGAUGAGCGGCUCCACCAUCAUACGAAGCAAAGUACACCGCAAUUAACAACGUUCACAGAUUUUCUCAGCUUCUGCCCUUGAGAUAUUUCCCAAUGCAUUCCCCGAUAACAGCACAGAUUUGAAAUUUAGAAGUACAUACACUUUGCUUCACAUGUACAUGUUUUUCACCUUUCGAACUGCUCAACAUUCGGGCAACAAUCUGUUCCAGCCCGUGCAUGCAAUACCACUGGAGGCAAACAGUGGCUGUCCAACCUGAUCCAAUCUGAGUAACCACACAUACAACACAGUGAGUUGCGACUAACUCAUCACCGUCCUCUUGCCGUUUCUGCACAUUGAGCACUCUGCUGCGGCGUCGGCUGAUUAAAUCCGGCCUGCCCCGAUCUCACAUGGAUGCCCAUUAACUUACAUGAUGUUACGUACUUAUCAGAUCACACCUGUCCUGUGUGAACAUCUGCCUCAACCACCACAGCCAAGCUCUUUAAGAAAUAGUUCCAAAUCUGUUUAUAGCGCAAACUAACAUACAUACUUCACGUAGCUUGUGACAAUUUGAAAGAUCCAUUACAGCCUGUUAUGUUGAGAAUCCCAUGCGAACAUACUAGC